AUGUCCGGUGGUCAGCAGUACAUGGGACAUACUAGCCGCAACUGGGUAAACAAGAAACAUAAGUUUGCCAGAGGAGAGUCCCAAGAUGACAUCAAGAAACUUCUGGAUUUCUUCGAGAAGAUGCAGAAGAUAAACCCAGAGUUCUUCUAUGAUUAUGACGUUGCUGCAGAUAACCGUAAGUACAAAGACCACCUCGCCUUGCUGUAUAAGGCGCACGAGAAACUCAAGGAUGACCUCAAUGCGGUGCUGAACCACCCACUAAUGUCGUCAGAAUUUGAACGAGCAUGGAAGGACCUCAUUCAGAAAUACAACUUGCAAAACGAUGAAGUGAUGAAUUCGCUGUGGGAUGACAGGCACGAGUGGAUCUCGGCUUACUACAAGGAAAUUUUCUGUGCUCGGAUGACUUCCACGCAGAGAAGCGAGAGCAUGAACCGCAUACUGAAGAAAAACUUCGUCAAAGAGAAGCAUGAUCUCCAUAUGUUUGCUCAGCAGGUGGACAAGUGCAUUCAGACCAGGAAGGCCGUCGAGCAUGCAGAGAUAGUAGCAAAUGAGUCAGAGGUAAAGACAACAACCCAGUUUGGGUUCGAAGUUCAGCUAUCAAAAGUGUAUACAAGGGCAGUGUUUGCGGAUUUCAAAGAAACACUCUACCGUAGCACUGCAUUCAGAGCAGAACGGUGCCCUGAGAACCCGACAAAGUGUCUCGUACACCACUACAACAGAUCGGAUGCAUUUGACUGGGCAAGGCAUAAUUUCCAAGUGGUCGCCGAUGAACAGAAAGGUGUCUACGAAUGUGAGUGCAAACUCUAG